GCUCGCGGAGACCCGGACGGCGGCGGGAGCCGCACACCAUGAACGGCUCGGGCGGCCCCCGCGCGGACGCGGGCGAGGCGAGCGGUGGUGGCUGGCAGCCCGAGGCGGUCGUGGUGCCCAUGCUCUUCGCGCUCAUCUUCCUCGUGGGCACCGUGGGCAAUGCGCUGGUGCUGGCCGUGCUGCUGCGCGGUGGCCAGGCGGUGAGCACCACCAACCUGUUCAUCCUCAACCUGGGCGUGGCCGACCUGUGCUUCAUCGUGUGCUGCGUCCCCUUCCAGGCCACCAUCUACACCCUGGACGGCUGGGUGUUCGGCUCGCUGCUCUGCAAGGCCGUGCACUUCCUCAUCUUCCUCACCAUGCACGCCAGCAGCUUCACACUGGCCGCUGUCUCCCUGGACAGGUAUCUGGCCAUCCGCUACCCUCUGCACUCCCGAGAGCUUCGCACGCCUCGCAACGCCCUGGCGGCCAUCGGGCUCAUUUGGGGAUUGUCUCUGCUCUUUUCUGGGCCCUACUUGAGCUACUACCGCCAGUCGCAGCUGGCCAACUUGACCGUGUGCCACCCGGCGUGGAGCGCUCCUCGUCGCCGCGCCAUGGACCUCUGCACCUUCGUCUUCAGCUACCUGCUGCCCGUGCUGGUGCUUGGCCUGACAUACGCGCGCACCCUGUGCUACCUCUGGCGCGCCGUCGACCCGGUGUCCGCAGGCUCCGGCGCUCGGCGCGCCAAGCGCAAGGUGACACGCAUGAUCGUCAUCGUGGCCGCGCUCUUCUGCCUUUGCUGGAUGCCCCACCACGCGCUCAUCCUCUGCGUCUGGUUCGGCCGCUUCCCGCUCACGCGCGCCACCUACGCGCUGCGCAUCCUCUCGCACCUCGUCUCCUACGCCAACUCCUGCGUCAACCCCAUCGUUUACGCACUCGUCUCCAAGCACUUCCGCAAGGGCUUCCGCAAGAUCUGCGCGGGCCUCUUACGCCGCGCUCCCCGCCGCGCCUCUGGCCGCGUGUGCGUCGCCCCGCCGGGCACCCACAGCUGCAGCGUCCUGGAGCGCGAGUCCACUGACCUGACGCACGUCAGCGAGGUGGCUGUGCCCCUAGCCCCUACCCAGGCGCCUCCCGGCGGCCAGGCCUCAAGCCCUGGUCCCUGUGGGGCCUGGCAGGACCCAAAGGCUACCAACGGUGUCCUAGUUAAUGUCACUUGAUGGCACUUGAGGGGAGACUUGGGUGCAAAAGGGUUGGAGU